AUGCCGCGCGCAGACCUCCUGGUCGAACCGUGCCAGCGCAGGGCGUGCGAGCUCCAGAGGUGCCUCCAGGGCAACGACUUCCAGGAGUCGCGGUGCGAGCUGGAGAUCAACAAGCUCAUCCACUGCUGCGAGCACUACCCGACCUCGACCAACUGCGCGUUCUACGCGCCCGACACCCGCAAGGCGACGAAGCAGUACGAGACGGUGCGGGAACGACAAGAACGGCAGUUCCGGGAGGGCCUCGAGAAGGAGAAGGCGUUGCGGGAGAAGUCGGAGGCGGAGGUGCGCGAGCUGAAGGCGGAGCUCGAACGGUACCGCGCCGGGAGCGGCGGGGGUCCCUCGAAGAGCAGCGACACCCAGCCCCGAUAG